AUGGCGCCCGGCGGGGUUGUGCUCCUCGGCCUCCUUCUCCUGGCGCUGGUGGACGCGCUUGCCGCCGUCCACAUCGACAUCGCGGCGGCCCUGUUCCACUCGCACGACCACCUCGGGGGCAACAAGCACAAGGACAAGCAGUCUUCUUCCUCGCCUUCGUGGCCAGACGGCAAUUACCUUCCGCCGGCGGGCAACAAGGAGAAGAAGGACAAGAAGGAGAAGCCUUCAUGGCCGGACGGUAACGCCGCGGAUUUCUUCGCGGAGGCUGCCAAGAAGGGGCUGCGGUCCUUCACCGGCGGGCGGGGCGGGUACAAGACGAUGACGACGGAGUUCCUGGACGCGCAUAACCAGGUGCGGGCCAAGUACGGCGUGCCGCCGCUGCGGUGGAGCAAGAAGCUGGCGCGGUACGCGCGGCGGUGGUCGGACGCGCGGCGGUUCGACUGCGUGAUGAUGCACUCGGUGGGUUCCCCCUACGGCGAGAACGUCUUCUGGGGCACCGGGUGGGACUGGAAGGCCGUGGAGGCCGUGGGCGACUGGGCCAGCGAGUCCUCCUUCUACGACUGGCGGGCGCAGGCCUGCCACCCGGGCCAGGUCUGCGAGCACUUCACCCAGAUCGUCUGGCGGACCACAAAGUACGUCGGCUGCGGCCGGGCCGAGUGCCUCGCCGGCGGCGUCUUCAUCACCUGCUCCUACGACCCGCCCGGGAACUGGAAGGGAGAGGUGCCGCUCACCUAA